GAAAAUGCGUAUCCGGGGCGUGAUCGUCGCUGCGGAGCCCAGCCUUUUGACAGGCGCGGAGGAUUCAUUUGGUCUCCAUAAACACAUGAAACAAUGAUCAGGAUGGAACACGUCUGGAGGAGAAUCGCCUUUGCUAUAAUAGUUAUCUCAGCCGACAGGAUCAUCCAAUCACAGUCGUACAACGUUGGCACCUCAGGAGCAACGAUUUUCAGCGGCCCAGCUUCAGAAGAGUUCGGCUACACAGUUCAACAAGCAACAAACGCUCAGGGCAAAUGGCUCCUGGUUGGUGCUCCUUGGAGCGGAAACAGGAAGGGGGGUGUUUACAAGUGUCCAGUCUUAGGUUCCAGUAACACUUGUAAUAAGCUCAAUCUUCAAGGUCUUGUUAGUAUCCCGGAUGUUCUGAAUGUCAACGACAACAUGUCCUUGGGUUUGACUCUUGCUCGCAUCCCUACUGGAAAUGAUGUUUUGAUGUGUGGUCCUCUUUGGGGUCAGCGGUGCGGAGAUCAGAACUUUUAUCCAGGGAUUUGCUCGAAACUCAACGCCCUCUUUCAGUCUCAACCUGCCUUCUCUCCUGCUGUUCAGACAUGCGGAGGUCCGAUGGACAUUGUGAUCGUUUUGGACGGCUCGAACAGCGCGGAGAUCAGAACUUUUAUCCAGGGAUUUGCUCGAAACUCAACGCCCUCUUUCAGUCUCAACCUGCCUUCUCUCCUGCUGUUCAGACAUGCGGAGGUCCGAUGGACAUUGUGAUCGUUUUGGACGGCUCGAACAGCAUUUAUCCCUGGGAACCAAUGACAGACUUCCUGCUCAAAUUAAUACCCUCGUUAGAUAUCGGGCCUCGAAGUACACAGAUAAGUGUCAUUCAGUAUGGCGUCGACCCAAGGAUCGAAUUUAAACUAAAUUCAUACCAAACCAAACAGCAGAUAAUUGCUGCAGCAUCCAGUAUACAGCAGAUAUAUGGUACAGCUACCAAUACCUUCAAAGCAAUCCAGUUUGCCAGGCAGCAAGGUUUUGCAACCACCAACGGCGGCCGACCUGGUGCUGCCAAAGUCCUGGUGGUUGUUACUGACGGGGAGUCUCAUGAUCAGCACCAAAGAGAUGCAGUCAUCGCUGAGUGUGAGAAGCAAGGCAUCACCCGAUUUGGCAUUGCGGUGUUGGGUUAUUAUAUCAGAAACAGCAUAGAUACCAAAGACCUUAUCAAGGAAAUCAAAUCUAUUGCCAGUCUACCCACAGAGAGGUUCUUCUUCAAUGUGUCAGAAGAGGCAGCGCUUUCCACCAUCGCGGGGACUUUAGGAAGCCGCAUCUUCAACAUAGAGGGUACUGGAAAAGGGGGCGAUAAUUUCCAGAUGGAGAUGUCCCAGGUCGGAUUCAGUGCGCACUACGCCAAACAGCAGGAUGUGAUGAUGCUGGGAGCGGUGGGAGCUUACGCCUGGAGUGGGACUGUGGUCCAUCAGAAGGGAUCUAAGUCAACAAUUUUCCCUUUCUCUGCAUUUGAGGCAACGCUUCAAGAUAGAAAUCACAGCUCACUGCUGGGCUAUGCUCUCACCACGCUGACUGACGGGUCUACAGAAUACUUUGUAGCCGGAGCCCCUCGCUCCAACCACUCCGGACAAGUGAUCGUCUACACUGUGAACGCCCAGAAGCAAGCCACCGUUGUGGAUCAAGAAAGAGGGAAGCAGAUCGGGUCAUACUUUGGUAGCGUGCUCUGCUCGCUGGACGUGGACAAUGAUGGGGUGACAGACCUGCUUCUGGUUGGGGCUCCCAUGUACAUGAGUGAGCAGAAGAGAGAAGAAGGCAAGGUCUACUUAUUCUCUAUCACCAAGGGAAUACUGAGUGAGGAGGGAGUCCUCAGCGGUCCGGCUGGAAAUGAGAACGCACGUUUUGGGAUGUCCAUCUCUGUCGGCCCCGACCUGGACCUGGACGGUUACAGAGAUGUUGUAGUUGGAGCCCCCCUGGAGGACAAGGAGAAAGGUGUUAUUUACAUCUACAAUGGCAACAAGGACGGUCUAGCUAAAGAGUUCUCUCAGAGAAUCCCAGGCUCCAAGUUGGAUCCUCAACUUCAGUAUUUUGGAAGAUCCCUAGAUAGCAACAAAGACCUGAAUGAUGAUACCAUUCCUGACAUCUCCAUUGGUGCUUAUGGAAAAGUUGUCCAGCUCUGGUCCAGAGGGGUGGCAACGGUUACAGCCACAGCCUCCUUCAACCCGGACAAAAUCAACAUUUUAAACAAAGCCUGUGACAUUAAUGGACGCAAGCUUUUCUGUUUCGAUGCAAAGAUCUGUUUCAGUGCUUCAUUCAGGCCCCAGAAUCCUGUGGGACCCGUCGAUGUAUCUUACGCAUUGACUCUGGACGCUGACUUGAUGGAUUCACGGGUGACUUCAAGAGGACUGUUUGCAGUAAAUAAUGAACGCUACCUGAAAAAGAAGACAAAAAUAUCAUCUUCGCCCUCGUGUGAAACGCUAAAGGUUUACGUUCAGGAAACGCCAGACUUUGUGAACUCUCUCAGUCUGAAAGCAGAAGUUGAGCAAGAAAAUCCAGACGCGAACCCGGUCCUCAACAACACCUCUCCCAAAGCCUUUGAAUUCUUUAUCCCUUUCACCAAAGACUGUGGAUCUGAUGAAGAGUGUGUUAACGAUCUGGUGCUGAGUGUAAAGACGGACAGUAAGGGGUCCAGCUCAAAUCCCAUUCAGGUCAGCAGCAACAACCGAGAACUGAAAUUCGAAGUUGUUGUGAAGAAUAAAAAUGAGAACGCAUACAACACACAGGUCUCGGCCACCUUCUCCAGCAACCUCUACUACUCCUCCGUGUUUCCUACGGACGGAGUCAAAUGCACAUCAACGCUGAAAGAGACGGUAACCUGUCAGGUGGGAUAUCCAGUAUUAAGGAAAGACCAGGAGGUUAAAUUUCAGAUCACAUUUGAUUACAGUUUUGAUUACCUGCAAAACCAAGCAGAGGUGACAUUUGAGGCCAAGAGUGAUGGAAAAGAGGAAAAACCUGCUGACAAUACCGUGCACUUAUCCAUUCCCGUGCAAUAUGAGACAGGGGUUGCUUUAUCCAGGCAGUCAAAUAUGAACUUUUAUGUGGCAAACUCAACUAAUCAAGUUGUAACAACGGUGAAAACUCUGGAUGACAUCGGCCCAGAGUAUAAUUUUACAGUCAAGGUCUCAUCCGGAGUCAUUCCUAUCAGCCUCCUUUAUCUCACUAUAAGUCUGCCAGUGUCAACAAAAGGUGGAAAUCAGCUCCUAUAUUUAACCAGCGUGGAGACGCAAGCUGGAGGAUCUGUCAGCUGUGACACCAGCCUAGUGAAUCCUCUGCAGAUUGGUGUCAAAAACCAGAAGGUUUCCUUCUCAGAGGAGAGCCUCAGAGGCACGAAGACAUUGGACUGUAAAAGUGCAAAGUGUGAGAAAAUACAGUGCCUCCUUAAAGACCCUGAGAUCAACAGCAACUAUUACGUAAAGGUUAAAACAAGAAUCUGGAAUGGCACAUUUAUCACGGCUUCAUAUCUGAGCGUAGAUCUGACCACCAGCCUGGAUGUGGAGACCUCCAACCCAGACCUGCUCAUGAUCCGACACAAGCAUCUCGACCUGAUGAUGACGGUCAGCAAACCUGGAGAGAAAGCAGACGUUCCCGUCGGAGUGAUCGUAGGCAGUGCCAUAGGUGGACUGGUGCUGCUGGCUCUGCUUGUUGGACUGCUGUACAAGCUGGGAUUUUUCAAAAGAAAGUACCAGCAGCUUCAGAAGGAGGAUGACGAGGACAAACAGAGCCAUGCACAUGUUGACGAAGUUCUGUGAAGAGAGACCCCUCAGCCUUCUCUCCAUCUGUAACACUCCAGUGUUGCUUUGGCACGGCUAAAGUGCAAACAGAUCCCAACUGAGACACUGGAAAUCAGGCACUUUAAGCAAACAGAAGCUUGUAUGUUUGAGGACGAGUGAGAUUAAUCUCUUUAUCCCUUUUGCAGAGGAUUAUUCUUAUUUUCCUUUGUGAACUGUAGAGAUUAUUGACCUGUAUGCACUGACUGGUAAAGCUUUGUAGCUCUUUAUUUCAACAUGAAUAUUAAAGUCAGAUUUUUAGGCUGUGGGUGGACUUUACAAUAUCAUGCAAAUCUGCCAUGUGGGGUUUUACACUGUAGCUGCAUCCUAUUUAUGAUUUUGUAUUGUUUGUUUUCUUACCUGCUUGCUACGAGCAGUUUGUGCCACAAAGUGACUUGGGAAUUCAAUUUCACAUCUGACUCUCAGGGCUAGUUUUAUAUUUAGAGUAGUGACAUUAAUUGUUUAAAAGCAGGAGAAAAAAAACUGUCAACUAACAGCACCCUCUAUAUUUAUUGGAACUCCUUGAAAUGUAGGAAAAGCUUUUAAAUAAAUUCAUCUAAUAGCAACUAUAUCAUUUUAUGCCAAACAAGCUUUGUUAACCUCUAUCUGACUGAGUUUUUUGACAAAAUGAACUUUUGUCCUCACCCAGCCUGGUUUGCCACACUUCCAGUAGUUUUAUUCUGUUUAAUUAGUGCUCUGAUCGUAUAAAUGGGUACGUUUAGGUCAACAUCAACUUGAAUGGCAUGUUCUCUUGUCUGUUCCCUUUUGAGGAGUAGUCAAGAAGAAUGGGGCUGUGUCAAAUCAUAUUUGUAUUCCUAGGAAUCAGGAAAUCUUUGGGUAUUAAUAAAGCCUCCUCGAUCAAAAAGUUCUUCUGUACUAUAGAUUGAAGUUGGACUCGGACUGACGGUUGGAUUUUACCGUGUGAGAUUCAGCUACUGCGAUCAAAGAUGGAUUUAUUUUAGAAAAACAUAAAUACGGAGCGUGCUUUAUGUUAUUGUUAUUUUAGUUUGUACU